AUGAAAGAUUUAAAAAAAUAUCAUAAAUGUUUUGGAUUGAAAAAAAUUGAAUGGAAUAAUGAAAGAAUUGUUGAAUAUUUAUCAAUUAUAUUGAAUUAUUUAAGAUAUUUAUGAAAAAUAAAAAAAUACUGAAUUUUUAAAAAAUUACUCAAGCAUAAAGAUAUUUAUUUUUCAGAAUUAUGAAGAGAAGUAAGUCUUUCUUAA